AUGGCCUUGCCAAGUGAAUCCGAGGCGGAGGACGAUGUUACCAGUCACAACUCGCGGCCCAAGAAGAAUGGGCAAGCGCAGGUGAAGAAGCGGGUUCGUAUCGAAGAAGAGUACCGUGAUGAGACCGGGGCGAGAAGUGGCAGCGACGAUGAGAACCUUUCUAGUGAGAACGAAAUAAGCGUCAGUAGGCGAUCGCGACGCAGCAAGAAGCCUGCAAACAAAAACUUACAAGGUGCCAACGGUGGGUAUGCUUGGGAAGAAGACAUUCAGCGAAGCUGGGACCUUGUAAAAGUGGACGAUGAGGGCAGUAUGGCCACGCUGGUGGCCAGUCUGAUCGAGGCGCGGAAAAAAAGAGCUGCAGCCAAAAAUAUGACUCCUUUCCAACGUGGAAUCAUCAGAACCAUGAUCCUGGUCCUCGAUUGCAGUGAGGCGAUGCUGGAGAAGGACCUUCGACCCAACCGGUAUGCCAUGACGAUCCAGUACGCCAUAGAUUUCGUGCAUGAGUUCUUUGAUCAAAAUCCUAUUUCGCAAUUGGGUAUAGUGUGCAUGAGAAGCGAUCUUGCACAUCUCGUGAGCCAGGUGAGCGGGAACCCGCAAGACCACAUCGAUGCUCUCAAAGUCAUGCGUAAACAGGAACCCAAGAGCAACAGCUCGCUUCAAAAUGCGCUUGAAAUGGCGCGUGGCCUGCUGUUGCAUGUCCCACCGCAUUGCACUCGCGAGGUGCUCAUUGUCUUUGGCGCACUCUCCAGUACCGACCCUGGUGACAUCCAUCAGACAAUGGCCUCACUUGUACAAGAGAAAAUAAGAGUACGUGUUAUCGGCCUUUCCGCACAAGUAUCGAUCUGCAAAGAGCUUUGCAAACAGACGAACUACGGUGACACUUCUUUUUACGGUGUCAUUUUGAAUGAAGCGCAUUUCAAGGACCUUUUCGAUAGUGCCGUUACACCUUUACCUGUCAAUAAAAUCAACAAAGGUUUUACGCUCGUGAAAAUGGGAUUCCCGACUCGGGUUCUCGAGGACACGCCUUCAUUCUGCACUUGUCAUUCCAAGCUGGUUUUCGAGGGUUACAUAUGUCCUAAUUGCAAAAGCAAAGUUUGCUCGCUCCCCACUGUGUGUCCUUGCUGUGACCUAAUGCUCAUCCUCUCCACUCAUCUUGCAAGAUCCUACCACCAUUUAAUGCCCUUGAAAACAUUUCAAGAAGUGCCCAUCUCAGAAACGUUUUCUUCAGAAAGCUGUUUUGCUUGUUUGAAAAGGUUUCCCAGGCUCAAAAAUCACAAGACACACGAGCUCUUGACCAGCUCUCGAUACCGAUGCGAAGAUUGCCGUCGAGAUUUUUGCAUAGACUGUGACAUUUACAUCCACGAGACACUUCAUAACUGUCCAGGCUGUGAGUCGCGGCCUCACAUCUGA